AUGGUGCAUUUUGAGAAAACGACUAGCCUUAGAAACGGAAGAUAUGAAGUGGCCCUCCCUUGGAAGGAUGGUUUCGAGCUUGCAAACAACAAGCAAGUCACCGUUACUCGACUGGACAAGCUUGUCAACCGUCUCGACUCUAGGAAAGGACUGCUUGAAACGUAUGACCGUACCAUAAAAGAUUACUUGCGGGCAGGACACGCCGAAGUAGUCAGUGAUGUACCUGCAGAUGUGACGAAGUUGUAUUACAUGCCGCACAAGGAAGUCAUCCUUGAACAAGCGCUGACGAGCGAAGUUAGAGUGGUGUUUCACAUCUCGUCACAUACCAAAGGGAGCAAGUUCUUUAACUAUUGCCUUGAAAAAGGUGACAACAUGUACCAAGACCUCGUGCAGAUUCUGCUACGCUUCACAAAGCACCCGGUGGCAGUGAUCGCGGACAUAAAGGCAUUCCUUCAGAUUGCGAUUCGGGAGGGCGUCAAAGACGCUUUGCACUUCUCCGGUUCGCAGAAAAAGAUUCAUGCAAGGGCAAGCUCCAAGAGUGGAGAAUGA